CCCACCUCCCAGAACCUCGGCCUUUUCUCGCGCGAGCUAGCUCGGCCGCUCGGGCCGCCCAGGGGAAACAUGGCGUCUGCCCUGGAGCAAUUCGUGAACAGCGUCCGACAGCUCUCGGCUCAAGGGCAAAUGACUCAGCUUUGUGAACUGAUCAACAAGAGUGGGGAACUCCUCGCAAAGAACCUAUCCCAUCUGGACACGGUGCUUGGGGCGCUGGAUGUACAAGAGCACUCCUUGGGCGUCCUCGCUGUGUUAUUUGUGAAGUUUUCCAUGCCCAGUGUUCCUGACUUCGAAACAUUAUUCUCGCAGGUUCAGCUUUUCAUCAGUACUGCUAAUGGAGAGCACAUUCGAUACGCAACAGACACGUUUGCUGGGCUUUGCCAUCAGCUAACAAAUGCCCUCGUGGAACGAAAACAGCCCCUGCGAGGAAUUGGCGUCCUGAAGCAAGCCAUAGACAAGAUGCAGAUGAACACAAACCAGCUGACCUCCAUACACGCCGAUCUCUGCCAGCUUUGUUUGCUGGCAAAGUGCUUUAAGCCUGCCCUCCCGUAUCUUGACGUGGAUAUGAUGGAUAUUUGUAAAGAGAAUGGAGCCUACGAUGCAAAGCACUUUUUAUGUUACUAUUAUUAUGGAGGGAUGAUCUAUACCGGGCUGAAGAACUUUGAGAGAGCGCUCUACUUUUAUGAACAGGCUAUCACAACCCCUGCCAUGGCGGUCAGUCACAUCAUGUUGGAAUCAUAUAAAAAGUAUAUUCUAGUUUCUUUGAUAUUACUUGGAAAAGUACAACAGCUACCGAAUUACAUCUCAAUUGUGGGUAGAUUCAUUAAGCCUCUUAGCAAUGCAUACCACGAGUUAGCACAAGUUUAUUCAACCAACAAUCCCUCAGAACUCCGCAACUUGGUGAAUAAGCACAGCGAAACUUUCACUCGUGACAACAACAUGGGGCUGGUGAAACAGUGCUUGUCAUCUCUCUAUAAGAAGAACAUCCAGAGGCUAACCAAGACCUUUUAACACUAUCGUUACAAGAUAUGGCAAGUCGUGUGCAGUUAUCUGGACCUCAGGAGCAGAAAAUAUGUCUUACACAUGAUAGAAGAUGGUGAAAUUUUUGCAAGUAUUAAUCAGAAGGAUGGUAUGGUCAGUUUCCAUGAUAACCCUGAAAAAUAUAAUAACCCGGCCAUGCUUCAUAACAUUGAUCAAGAG